GAAGAAGAAGAGGCGUAUGAGAGGUGAUUGAUCAAGCAGUCCUAUGGAGGAGGAUGGAAUAACGGGGACAUUUAUAGAGAGGACACUCUACAGAGAACAGCACAGUCCAUGGCCGGGAGAUGAGGAAAACCUCAGAGGAUUGUCUCACUUUUGUCUCCAGACUGGAAAGUAGAAGAUGAGGACAUCACACAGUAUAGUCCAGGAUAAAACCCGGCUGCCCUCCAAUGUCCAUCCGGCACCCACCCAGUGUAAGAUGACCAUCGGAUUCCUCGUAUCCUGAGGAACCUCAAGACUGUGCGGGACCGGGCCGGCCUUACCAACACGGAAGAGCUUCUCCUGUACUGAGUGCGGGAAGUGUUUUCCAUUCAAAUCCAAACUUAAACGUGCAUAAAGAUCUCACACAGGGGAGAAGCCAUAUUCUUUGCCCUGAAUGCGGGAAAUGUUUUUCACAAAGGUCCAAUCUUUACAGACAUCAGAGAUCGCAUACGGGGCAAAAGCCGUAUUCCUGUCCUGAGUGUGAAAAAUGUUUUUUACGGAAGUCCAAUGUUUACAAACAUCGGCGGUCUCACACGGGGGAGAAGCCACAUUCCUGUCCUGAGUGCGGAAAUGUUUUUCACAGAAGUUCUACUCUUUACACACAUCAGAGAUCUCACACGGGGGAGAAGCCUUAUUCCUGUGCUGAGUGCGGGAAAUGUUUUUCAGUAAAGUCUAAUCUUUAUACACAUCAGAUCUCACACUGGGGCCAUAAAACGGUGUCCUGUCCUGAGUGCGGGAAAUGUUUUUUUCAGAUAAGUCCAAUCUUUACAGACAUCAGAGAUCUCACACGGGGAGAAGCCACUUUCCUGUCCUGA